ACUUCAAGAAGACCCCCCAACUGGCGUGAGUGGUGCUCCAUCAGAGAAUAACAUCAUGGUGUGGAAUGCGGUUAUUUUUGGGUGAGUGUUCUAAAGCCACCCCUCUUAUUGUGCCAGUGUGGUCAUCCUGGCAUGGGCAUCAGGACCAUACGGAUGAGGUGGAUAUGGGCAAAUUGAGCUGUGGUUUACGCUACAGUCAGAGAGGGAGGCAGAGGGGUGUGUUGGCUGGGGGUUAGUUUAGAUGGUGACAUGUAGUUGUUGAACUGUGGAGGCUAGUAGCCACAUAUAAAGUUAUUUUGUUGAUUGGAAAUGAGAGCAUUUGUAUCUGAUACCAGGAAUGUAUUGCAUAGUCAUACUCAUUAUUUGUAUUAAUUAGGAUCCUCGCAGUUACUCUUCCUGGGGUCCAAACAGGAUUAAAACAACCAUCACAACAAAACGUAACAGCCACAUCAUACAUUAAUUAAACUUCUUUGUAAUGCGAUGUGCUAUUAAGUCUAUCAAAAUUAUAUUUGUUAUAAGGAGGGUGUAAAUGGCAUUUCCAGGUGAACAAAUGUGAGAGCAGUCGUUGAUCAUAUCAAUCAGAAUAAUUUCAAUGUAUUACAAUAUUUCAGGGAGAACAUCUCCAGAGCAGAAGCCAUGACAAAUGUCUAAUUCGCCUUCUUUAAAGGAAUACUUUGGGAUUUUGGCAAUUAUCUACUUCUCCAGAGUCAGAUGAACUCGUGGAUACCAUUUUUGUGUCUCUGCGUGCAGUUUGAAGGCAGUUGCUUCCAGUCAUUGCGCUAAUGCUAAUUAGCAUUGACUCACAAAACUACCUCCAUCUUCCUUCAUACUGGACACAGAGACAUAAUUGUAUCCACGAGUUCAUCCGACUCACCCGAAGUAUCCCUUUAUGCAGGCCCUUCAAACUGCACCCAGAGACACAAGUACUAAGUCAUGUUUUGCAGAGGGGUCAAAUACUUAUUUCCCUCAUUAAAAUGCAAAUCAAUUUAUAACAUUUUUGACAUGCGUUUUUCUGGAUUUUGUUGUUGUUAUUCUGUCUUUCACUGUUCAAAUAAACCUACCAUUAAAAUUAUAGACUGAUCAUUUCUUUGUCAGUGGGCAAACGUACAAAAUCAGCAGGGGAUCAAAUACAUUUUCCCCUCACCGUUAAAUAAUUAACUAUAUUUAUCUGAAAUAUUGUGGUCUUGUGUGGCAAUAUGUUUAUUUAGGUAGUUGGGGUCUAAUUACUAGAUAUGUUAGCCUGUUACAGUACAAGUAAUUUUUCCUCUAUUUGCAGGCCUGUGGGUACACCAUUUGAGGAUGGUAAGUUAACCAUUCUUUCUAAAUCAGUUUGAGUUAGCCUACAGUAAUGUAAAUCAUCAGUUUAUCAUAACAUUACUUUAACCCAUGAACUGGUUGAAAACAAUGAACUUGGCUUUCAUACUUUUUCCAAUCAUGCUAGCCAAGAGCAAAGACAGUCUUGGUAUUCUAAAGUGUGAUCAAUUUGAACAGGUUCAUGACUCCGCUGCCUUAAAUUAUGCUGUGGAAUAUGGAGAAAGUGCUGAGUCAGCCUUCAUAUUCAGGCUUAUAUUAGUCAUGUCACAGACUAUUAGCUGUAUGGCGGACCAUUUUUUUUCUCCACUCCAUAAAGGAUUAGUUUGAUUAAUGAGGAACAGAUUAUAUUUUUAGUAACACUAAUUGUCUCUCUCUCCGCAGGAACUUUUAAGCUUGUGAUAGAAUUUUCAGAAGAGUACCCUAACAAGCCACCCACGGUUCGAUUCAUCUCCAAAAUGUUUCACCCAAAUGGUAAGAGAGUCCCUAUGGACUCAAAUUGUCAAAGACUCCAGCCACCCUAGUCAUAGACUGUUCUCUCUGCUACCGCACGGCAAGCGGUACCAGAGUGCCAAGUCUAGGUCCAAAAGACUUCUUAACAGCUUCUACCCCCAAGCCAUAAGACUCCUGAACAGCUAAUCAUGGCUACCCAGACUAUUUGCACUGCCCCCCCACCCCAUCUUUUUACGCUGCUGCUACUCUGUUAAUUAUUUAUGCAUAGUCACUUUAACUCUACCCACAUGUACAUAUUACUUCAACUACCUCAACUAGCCAGUGCCCCCGCACAUUAACUCUGCAACGGUACCCCCCUGUAUAUAUAGCCUCCCUACUGUUAUUUUAUUUUACUUCUGCUCUUUUUUUUCUCAACACUUUUUUUGUUUGUCUUAUUUUACUUUUUUUAUUAAAAAUAAAUGCACUGUUGGUUAAGGGCUGUAAGUAAGCAUUUCACUGUAAUGUCUGCACCUGUUGUAUUCGGCGCAUGUGGCCAAUAAAAUUUGAUUUGAUUUGGACACAUUUGAGAUGUCCUAAAUACUUUAGCCAUGUUGUUGAUGCGAAAGUGAACUUGGUAUCAACUUUUCAGCAUUUACAGUUGAAGUUGGAAGUUUACAUACACCUUAGCCAAAUACAUUUAAACUCAGUUUUUCACAAUUCCUGACAUUUAAUCCUACUAAAAAUGUAUUGUCUUAGGUCAGUUAGGAUCACCACUUUAUUUUAAGAAUGUGAAAUGUCAGAAUAAUAGUAGAGAGAUUUAUUUCAGCUUUUAUUUCUUUCAUCACAUUCCCAGUGGGUCAGAAAUUUACAUACACUCAAUCAGUAUUUGGUAGCAUUGCCUUUAAAUUGUUUAAUUUGAGUCAAACGUUUCGUCUAGCCUUCCACGUGGUCCUCUGUAGCUCAGCUGGUAGAGCACGGCGCUUGUAACGCCAAGGUAGUGGGUUCGAUCCCCGGGACCACCCAUACACAAAAAUGUAUGCACGCAUGACUGUAAGUCGCUUUGGAUAAAAGCGUCUGCUAAAUGGCAUAUUAUUAUUAUUAUUACAAGCUUCCCACAAUAAGUUGGGUGAAUUUUUGCCCAUUCCCCCUGACAGAGCUGGUGUAACUGAGUCAGGUUUGUAGGCCUCCUUGCUCGCACACGCUUUUUCAAUUCUGCCCACAAAUUUUCUAUAGGAUUGAGGUCAGGGCUUUGUGAUGGCCACUCCAAUACCUUUGUUGUCCUUAAGCCAUUUUGCCACAACUUUGGAAGUAUGCUUGGGGUCAUUGUCUAUUUGGAAGACCCAUUUGCAACCAAGCUUUAACUUCCUGACUGAUGUCUUGAGACGUUGCUUCAAUAUAUCCACAUAAUUUUCCUUCCUCAUGAUGACAUCUAGCUCAGUUGGUAGAGCAUGGCGUUUGCAACGCCAGGGGUGUGGGUUCGCUUCCCACGGGGGGCCAGUAUGAAAAUAAAAAAGAAUAAUGUAUGCACUAACUGUAAGUCGCUCUGGAUAAGAGCGUCUGCUAAAUGACGUAAAUGUAAAUUUUAAAUAAAGCACCAGUCCCUCCUGCAGCAAAGCACCCCCACAGCAUGAUGCUGCCACCCCGUGCUUCACGGUUGGGAUGGUGUUCUCCGGCUUGCAAGCCACCCACUUUUUCCUCCAAACAUAACGAUGGUCAUUAUGGCCAAACAGUUCUAUUUUUGUUUCAUCAGACCAGAGGACAUUUCUCCAAAAAGUACGAUCUUUGUCCCCAUGUGCAGUUGCAAACCGUAGUCUGGCUUUUGUAUGGCGGUUUUGGAGCAGUGGCUUCUUCCUUCCUGAGCGGCCUUUCAGGUUAUGUCGAUAUAGGACUCGUUUUACUGUGGAUAUAGAUACUUUUGUACCUGUUUCCUCCAGCAUCUUCACAAGGUCCUUUGCUGUUAUUCUGGGAUUUAUUUGCAUUUUUCGCACCAAAGUACGUUCAUUUCUAGGAGACAGAACGCGUCUACUUCCUGAGCGGUAUGACGGCUGCGUGGUCCCAUGUUGUUUAUACUUGCGUACUACUGUUUGUACAGAUUAACGUGGUACCUUCAGGUGUUUGGAAAUUGCUCCCAAGGAUGAACCAGACUUGUGGAGGUCGACAAUUUUUUUUCUGAGGUCUUGGCUGAUUUCUUUUGAUUUUCCCAUGAUGUCAAGCAAAGAGGUACUGAGUUUGAAGGUAAGCCUUGAAAUACAUCCACAGGUAUACCUCCAAUUGACUCAAAUGAUGUCAAUUAGCCUAUCAGAAGCUUCUAAAGCCAUGACAUCAUUUUCUGGAAUUUUCCAAGCUGUUUAAAGGCCCAGUCAACUUAGUGUAUGUAAACUUCUGACCCACUGGAAUUGUGAUAUAGUGAAUUAUAAGUUAAAUAAUCUGUCUGUAAACAAUUGUUGGAAAACUUACGUGUCAUGCACAAAGUAGAUGUCCUAACCGACUUGCCAAAACUAGUUUGUUAACAAGAAAUGUGUGGAGUGGUUGAAAAACGAGUUUUAAUGACUCCAACCAAAGUGUAUGUAAACUUCCGACUUCCACUGUAGCUCUUCCAGUGAGUAAGCUAUUCUGUUUCAUGUGAUUGUGUAUAAAUCUUUAUUUGAAAUGAAAACAAUCAUUUUGAUCUUGUAGUCUAUGCAGAUGGAAGUAUAUGUCUAGACAUCCUUCAGAAUCGUUGGAGCCCCACAUAUGAUGUGUCUUCCAUUUUGACGUCUAUCCAGGUAGGUUUGUAAUCCGUCUCUCCUCCAUCAGUCUGACAUCAUGAUAGACUACUUUGUCUGUGUGUCUGUAUUUUACAAAUGUAACACAGUUUCUUUAUGUAGUGUACUUCAUUUCUGUUUUGCAGUAUGUUCUGUAUAACCUUGGUUGUACCUUUGUUGGAAUGUAGCAUUGUGGUGUUAUUUCUGCUCCUGGAUAUACUGUACAUAACAAGACUCUGACUCAAGUCACCUUACUGAAAGUGUAGGGUCGAAGAACUACACACGUUCAUACCGGUACAUUCAAUCUCUUUGUGUUCACAGUCCCUGUUGGAUGAGCCGAAUCCUAACAGUCCAGCCAACAGCCAGGCUGCACAGCUUUAUCAAGAAAACAAGCGGGAGUACGAGAAGAGAGUUUCUGCCAUCGUGGAGCAGAGCUGGGUAGACUCC